UCUACUGAGACCAAAUUGUUGAGACAAGCCCAUGCUUGCAAAAACAAAAAACUUAGACAUGAUCAGAAACAAACCGAUAUGCUUUGUGAGCUAGAUGUUGAUAUCCUAUUGGUAACUGAUGAUAUUGUUUUUGAUCCAUCUUGGCAUCGAAUUCAAUCUGCCUCUCGAAAUAUAUCUACUAAUGAUAGUAUUUAUUAUUUGGAGAAGAAGUGGACAAGUAUUCCUCUUUGUUCUUUAAAUCAGACCGAUAUCAGUAUUGAGGGAUCAUCUAAUAUUGCUAAUAAGCAAGCUAAUAAGCAAGCUAAGCAAGCUAAUAAGCAAUUGUGGAUUGCUUUUGCUACUAAGCAUAAUACUCGAAAAGAAAAGGCACAGCUGAUCAUAUCAAAACAUAAUAAUCUCAAAUCGAUAAGUAAAUUGGUCCAAUUCAAACAUAUAACAAAACCAGAGUGUAUUAUGGAUCUAAGUGGGCGAACAUUAGUUCACUUAGAGCAAUUCGAUGAUUACAAUACUGUUAUACUUGCAACUAAUACUGUAAAUAAUUAUUAUUUUUAUAUAUUGCAAAAUCCUUUGUAUCGAAGUGAUGAAUUUUGGACCAAUUUCAUUGAACAUUUUGGGGCUUAUACCAAAAACAACUUGCUUCCUUUUACAAGCUCUAAUACUGCAAGUACGCAUAACAUUGAUCAUCAUGAAUACGUUAACAAAUUACUUCUAGGUCUCAAGCCAUUAUCAGACUGUAUUAACCAGUUUCUUCAAAACUAUUAUGAAGAUUUAUAUACAAAAUUGAGCAAGCUAUCAUGGGGCCCAUUUGUACUGAAACCUUUUGGAGUUUUUCUAAUGAUAGCUAUCAAUUUUAAUACUACUAGUGACUAUUAUUGGGAUGAACAUGAUGAGACAAAUAGUUUAUGUGUCUUAGUUGUACUAGCAAUUUUUCAGUUACUAAGGGAAUCUGAAAACGCUGAUAAACCUAAGCAAGAUCUUAAUAAUGCUCAAAGUUUGAACAACUGGGCCCAACUCUCCAAACCAAAACUAAAACAAAUGUGGAUCUCUUCUGCUAUAUCUGAUCAGAGAUGA